GGAGGAGGGACGAAUGGAGGAAGCACCCAAUGCUCACCAAUCAAUUCCGCCACGCCCUCCCUGGCUUUGGUAUCGCCGUUGUUGCCUUCGGCAUCUACCUCGUCGGCGAGCAGAUCUUCAGUCGCGCCGGCGCUCCUUCUUCCCACUCUCACUCUCACUCCCACUCCACCGCUUCUUCCUCUCACUGAUAUCUCCAGGUGACGGUGGAAGGAGGCUGGGAAGAAGUAACAACUAUGGCACUUGCCCCUUUUUUAAUGUCCAUUAAUAAGCUUUUAAGUUCAACUUAAACUGGCACCCUUGAAUUUGUAAAUCUCAGACUACCUCACCUAUCUUGGUAUUUUGUUUAUCAUUAUUAUUGUUGCUGCAUUUCAUACAUUGUGCUGCUUGUGCUUUGAGAUUUUACUCGUUCUUUCUUCAUUUAUGUUUGUAUUGCUUUAGAAUGUUCUCUCCUCCCAAAUACCUUUUAGAAAGAGAGAAAACAAGCAACUCUGUUUAAUAUCAAUCACAAGUAUUUUGAAGUAACAA